AUGCAUCACCUCACCUUCCUCUUCGCAGCUGGCCUCAUCAGCACCAUUUCUGCCGCACCUCUUCCCGCCGCCAACGAUGCUCUCCUUGACUUCCAGGAACGUUCCGGCUACGCCGAUGACGAUGCCUUCGCACAGGUAGCCAGAAGUCUUGAUGCAUUGGAUCGGGAUCUCCAGGAACGUGGUCUUUUUAGCAAGACACCCAAGCCCUUCAACCCUGAGAAGACCCCCAACAAGCUUAAGAAGGCUCAGCCUAUCCCCAAGGUUCCAAACAAACAGCCCAAGACUGCCAAUACACUCAAGAAGGAAAAGAAGGGACCCAAGCCAAACCCAUCCGUUAAUUUCCGAAGCUAUGAGCCUGAGCUUGAUGAACGCGAUGAGGACCUUGAGGAGCGUGAUGAGGAUUUCCUCGAGGAACGUGGCAUCUUCAGCAAGACCCCUAAGCCGUUCAACCCUGAGAAGACUCCCAACAAGCUGAAGAAGGCCCAGCCAAUUCCCAAGGUGCCCAACAAGCAGCCGAAAACUUCCAACACGCUGAAGAAGGAGAAGAAGGGCCCUAAGCCAAACCCCUCCGUGAACUUCCGCAGCUACGAGUCUGAGCUGGAAGAGCGUGGGCUGUUCAGCAAGACUGCCAAGCCCUUCAACCCCGAGAAGACGCCCAAUAAGCUCAAGAAGGCACAGCCAAUCCCCAAAGUCCCAAACAAGCAGCCCAAGACCUCCAACACGCUCAAGAAGGAAAAGAAGGGACCCAAGCCAAACCCUUCUGUCAACUUCCGCAGCUAUGAACCCGAGCUGGACGAGCGUGACGAGGAUUUCCUCGAGGAGCGCGAUGACGAAUUCCUUGACGAACGGGAUGAGGAGUUCCUUGACGAGCGCGACGAGGAUUUUCUCGAGGAGCGUGAUGAGGAUUUCCUCGACGAGCGUGACGAAGACUUGAUCGAGGAGCGCGGCCUCUUCAGCAAGACACCCAAGCCGUUCAACCCCGAGAAGACACCAAACAAGCUUAAGAAGGCUCAACCCAUUCCCAAGGUGCCUAACAAGCAGCCAAAGACCUCCAACACCCUCACAAAGGAGAAGAAGCAGGGCAAGAAGAACCCUGCCACUAACUUCUAA